CCAAUACAUUAUAUAUUUAUGAGUGUUUUGUUGUCAUCACGUAAUGUAUUUAAAUCACGUCAUCUUCCAUUUUUGGUCAAAAAUAUUCGUUUAUAUGCUUCCAGUAGUGGCGAAUUGCCCGGAGCAGGAACUUCUACUGGCAUUGAACAUGCAAUGAAAUUCAAGCAAGUUGGCCAAAACAAUAAACAGUCCUUUGAUGAUUAUAAAUGUAUUGAGUAUUUGAAUUUCAAUAAGGACUCUUACUACGAUAUUGAGUGUGAACUUAAAAAGUUUCGAGCACCACAACCUUCAAAUAAACAACCUGAUACUGAACCAACGUUCAAAACAAGCGAAUAG